GGCGGCUACAAACUUGAAGUCUUGGAUAAGACUAAUCAACUGGCAGCAAUGCUUACACCAAUAUCAACAUACAUUACUCCGGCUAAUCCGACAAGGCGUACACAGGCUGUAUUAAUACCACCGGAUUUGGAGUGCUAUGACUGUUCACUUCGUUUGGUACGUCAGGCGAAAGAAUUUGGCAGCAAUUAUCAAUUUUUUUCAUGUGCAGCAAUCCAUAUUGUUAAAGAGAUACCUGAUGGUGAUACGUGCUUUGAACAAGGAACUCGCAAAAAUUCCACUUGUGAAUGUAAACCAUUUUUUUCCGGCAAAGAUUGCUCUUUUAAAGAUGAAUGUUGGGAUGAUACAAACUGCGGUAACGAUGGCAGAUGUAUCGUCGUCAAUAAACUCGUCGAACCAAGAAAACAGUGCUUCUGCAAAAACAGUCGUUACGGUGAUCACUGUGAACUCGGUAAUUCUCGAUCCCGAUCAUGGGUUGCAAUUGGAUGGAAAUCGCCGUCAAGCGAAAAAAAAUGUCCAAUUCUAAACGUGGCUGCAACUUCUGAUUCCACCUUGACAUCGUCACGAACUGAAAAAAAGAAAACGACUGAAGAGGGAAAAGAAGAAUGUCUUGAGAACGAGAUGUACAGCAAUUGUCCUGAAUUUACAAGACAGUGUGAAGCGUCAUGCGAUUGGACCAGUUUUCCUGAAACUAUCCCUGAUUGUCCUCGUUCAUGCGGUACCCCACGAUGUGUCUGUAGAGAAGGAUUUGUUAGAGUAUCCAAUGAAAAUGACACUUGUGUACCGUUCAAUUAUUGUUCAAGCCAGGCUGAAGUUGAAUGCCCGGGUAACGCUACUUGGGCAAAGUGUGGUGUAGCAUGUGAACCAACCUGCGAAAAUAUGUAUGACACCUCACCGUGCGAAGCAACCUGUGAUGUGCCAGCAUGUACAUGCGCUGACAAUUAUGUUCGAUUUCAAGGAGAGUGUAUCUUUUGGGGAGACUGUCCAAAAACUGAAGAACAACCAAAUCUUGAAGAAUUGUCAUGCGGUAUCAAUGAGACAAUCAAUGAGUGUGGCCGAAUUUGUGAACCCGAUUGUGUUACUGUAAAAAGUUGUGAUCUCUGUGCCAAACCUGCUUGCUCAUGUAUUGAAGGCUAUGCUCGUCAUAAUGGAAAAUGCAUUUAUUGGGGCGAUUGUUCCUUGGAUGGUCAGCUUUUUUCUGGAGUGGUUGGAGAUGUCUGUUAUGGAGACUGGCGUUGGCCACCAGGUUGUCGCGACUGUGACUAUCGUAUAUCCUGGAAUUAUGUUGAUGAAUCAGAUGAGAUCGAAUUUUCGAUAGAGACGCGAGCUCCGUCGAACUGGUGGACUGGAGUCGGGUUUUCAAAAACUGGAUCAAUGGCUGAAGCGGAUUUGAUAGUUGUUAAAAGUAAAAAUGGACAUUUAUCACUACAUGAUAUGUAUGCAACGGGGUUCGGAACGCCACGCGAAGAUAAGGAACAGAAUGUAUACACUCCAACAAUCGUUGGCACUCAUGUUAACGGCAUUCUAAGGGCUCAGUUUACUAGAAAGCGUGAUACUGGAGACAGAACAUCAGACCAUCGCUUUUCAGACAAUGAAUGUUAUAAAUUCUUGUUUCCUGUUUCUGGUGGGAGACUUGAUGAGAACGGUCAAUUCAUGCAACACGUAUCUGCUCCACACGUUUCUGAGAAUGAAAUUUGCAUAAGGAGCUGCACCUCUCCACAAGCUGUACAACCAACCACAUCAUGUGAAACAGAAUUUCGUUAUCCAACCGGUUGUGAAGGAAUAGCUUGUGACUACAUUGCUAAAUGGGAAUACAGCACUGCUCGAAAGGAUGUACACUUUGAGAUCUCAGCCAAAGAGCUUGGUCGAUGGACUGGAAUAGGAUUUUCAAGAGAUGGCUCAAUGGCAAAUUCAGAUGUUUACACAGGGUGGGUUUAUGAAGGGAAAGCUUAUAUAACGGAUCGCUUUGCAUAUGGAAGACAAUUACCAGCUAUUGAUCCGUCAGACAGACAAGAUAUCUAUGAUAUUAGUGGUAAAAUUGAGGAUGAUAUUCAGACUAUUUCUUUCCGUCGGAAAGUGAUCUCAGCCGAUGUAGCGACAGAUUUUCCUCUGAACAAAUGCUACUAUUUUCUGUUCCCUAUUGGCGGUGGAAGAGUUUUGGCUAGAAAGACACAUGAUUUUCAAAAUUCAAAAACACCUAUUGGUUAUCACGACUUGUACCAGCCGCGGGUUUCAAGAACAAAAAUCUGUAUCUGUGACAAGAAUGGCGUGCCGAUUGCUUCAGAAGAUGCCCCGCCAGCAGUGCGAUCACACUGUGCCGACUUCGUGAUCGGUUCAGCGAUUAGAGGUGUUUCCCGAGUACGAGACUACUUUGCCACCUCGAAAUCAACGCCGCAGCUUGAUAUAUUUUUUGGUGGUAAAGAUUCGCUUCGAUUGACAACAAUGUACGAGAAAAAUGGAAUCACGACUGUCACUUUCCGGAAACCUUUAAAAGCGGAAGAUACUGCUGACAACUCUAUAGUUAAGGGCCCUAUGACGCUAGUAUGGGCAAAAGGUGUUUUUUCUGAAUCGGAUGAGUCUGAUGCAAAGAAAUUUACUGGACAGAAAAACGGCUUGUCAUUGGAUACGCAUAAGCUCAUUUCUAAACUUUCAGCUGAACAGAAACAAAAGCCUGAAGGGCCGAAAACUAUGUGUACAGGUUCAUUCUUCUACCCAACUAAAUGUAACGGUAGCGAGUGUAAAUAUGCUGUUUCUUGGAGAUCGAAUGGACGAAAGGUUGACUUUGUUCUGGAAACUGAUAUACAACGUGAUCAUUGGAGCGGUAUUGGCUUUUCUAUUGAUGGUUCAAUGGCAAAAUCGGACAUUAUUGAUUCUGCUGUACACGUUCUGGAUUACUACUCACCGGGCUACGGAAGACCAAAACUAGAUGAAGAUCAAGGAGUGUUUGAUAUUCAUGCAGUCUUUGAAACCGGUAGAGUUUACGCUAACUUCUCAAGAAGUUUGGCAACUAAUGAUGAACAAGAUCUACCUCUCAACCAAUGUGUUUACUUCAUCUUCCCAGUUACUGGUGGACCGUUGGAGGAUGGUUCUGGUGAUAUAAUAAAACAUUUUGAUUCGCCGAUAUCGUCUAACCAAAAAAUAUGCUUGCAUACAUGUGAGCCAGAAAAAUCUAUAAAGAAGGUGACACCUGCAUCAGCGAAACCUGUGCUCAAAGCAUCUGUUAUUCCCGAUGAUCCAUUAGAUCAAGCAAAAGUAGGCCGCUACAACUAUAGCCUUACUGAUUCGUUAAGUAUUGAACCGACAACUAUAAAACUCUUUUUUGAUUGCUCAUUUCCAGUGGUGCCUCCAAUGGAAAAGAAAGGUUUUGAGAAUGCUGUUUUUCAAUCGACACUUCAUGCCAGGCAGUUUUCUCAAGCAACUACGGCAUCUCAGAAUGGGAAAAACUCACCAAAUUCUGCUCAAGAAAGCCCAAAGGGAGUAGGCGAGACAACGUAUCAAGAGUGGUUUACCAAGGUUGCCUCGAAGCCAGCAUCUCAACACCAUCAGGAAUCUACAAUGCCAUCUCCCGGAAGACCAUCACCUUCACGACAGUCGUAUGGCAGUUCGCCUUACGUAUCUUAUCCGAAUGAUCCGAUUAAUUUUUACACUUUAAACGGAGAGCAUCGAGUGCCGCCAUCUCGGUAUCUUAGACCGUUUUAA